AUAACGGAUCACUGCGUGUAGCCGUAACGCGCGAGUCCGUGUUUGUGUUGGCUCCGGUUUUGUCGUCGUUUCAUUGUUGACUCCCCGUGUUUGGGCGCAGGAAGCGGAGACUGAGCUGGUUGCUACAACAGUCAACAGUCAGCGGGUCGAACCCAGCAUCCGGAACCGCCGGUGGUGUAAAGAUGUCAACGGCACCUUCUGGAGGACGUCAGCAUGAGUCAUGACCGCGUUCAGACGCUCAGGGAGAAACUAGCGCGCUGCUCCGUCUCAGAUCACUACGGUCUGAUCAGUCCGGGCCUCACCUGCUACCUCAACAGCGUUCUGCAGGUGCUUUUCAUGACCCAACGCUUCCGGGAGGAGAUCCAACGGCGAGGCAGUACAGAUGCAACAGCCAUUGAUGCACAUCUGGACUCACUGUUUACUGAUUUAAGGACGAAAAAGGCCAGAACACACUCCAUUCUAAAGGAGCUGGGGAUCACUGGGUUUGCAGUGUACGAGCAACGCGAUGCUGCUGAGUACUUUGAGAACAUCCUGCGUUUGACCAGUGCGGAGGCGUCUAAGAUAUUCAAAGGGGAGCUGAUCCAUAAAAACAAAUGCCUCCACUGUGGCCACGGAAACGACUCCAAGAGCAACUUCUGGAUUCUGCCACUUGCAGUAGAAGACACACACCAUCAGACCUGCAGCGUGGAACAAGGCUUCAGGAAUUUCUUCAAGGGACAGAAAGUGAGUGAGGACAACGUGAUGUUCUGUAGCAGCUGCAGCGAGAAGAGAGAGGCAGAGAUGGACUGUGAGUUAACGCGCCCCCCGGAGGUUCUGACCCUCCUGCUGAAGAGGUUCCGCUUCAGCCACAGGCAGAGGUGCUACGUGAAGCUCCACUGCAGAGCUGCCGUUCCCCCGACGCUGCGCGCGAAGGGCGGCACCUACCACCUCUACGCCCUGGUGCACCACUACGGCGACCUCACCGGGGGCCACUACAGCGCUGAGAUCAGGUCUUUUCAAACAGGGGAGUGGUACCGCUUCGACGACGACGUGGUGCAGAUGGUCAGACAGUCCGCAGACACCCAUGUGAGCUCCCGCACAGCGUACCUGCUCAUGUACAAAAUGGGGAGACCACAUUCUGUAAAACCUGCCAGAGGCGGCGAGGAAGCUGGCGCAGAGUCAGCGGUGGAGGCUGGAGAGAGAGAGGGUCCUGCUCGCCACCGUUACCAUCAGAUGAACGGAGGUUCAUUAGAGAGGAGACGUGGUGCAGUGAAUCAGAAUCGCUCCUCGGGUGAACUGGAUCAACAGAAGAAGCAGACGGCAGAAAGGCCGAUCAAAGGGGCGUUGCUACCAACGGGCACAGAAGCCCUGAGGCCGAGGUCAGCGUGUUCCAUUACACACACAGACGAGGCCAACAGGCAGCGGCGUGACACACACUCCAUGGUGAACAGGUGGAGUCCGAACCCGCUGGAAAGACCUCACGACGCUGAGUCAUACGUUAGAGUGAGAAGCUCAGCAGGAGGUGGAGUCAGUCCUCCAACUAAAGGAGUGAACGACAGAGGAGCAGCUGGAGGAGAGAGGAAAGAAGGAUGGGGGGAACAGAGAACAGAUGUUGAACAGCUGUUUGAUGCCUCCGUCAGCGUCCUCUCUAACGGCCACUCGCCUCAUUCACCCUCGCUCCGUCGCAGAACGAACAUAUCCACUGCACAGCUUCGUGUCACAGUGGAGGAGAGAACAGCAAACGUCCUGGACAUGAGACCAGAGCCAGGUAUUUGUCGUCCUCGACUCACAAGAUGACUUCUGCUCCCACACCACGAAGGGUUUUUGCUUUUUUACUGUUACCUGUAGUGUUCUGUUACUUGAGCACAUGCAACAGGUUGUGUGCGCUUUUUAAUGUGUGUUGAAUCUGACACAUGUCCACAAUUCAGAGGCACGCUGAGCUAAUGAGGAUUGGAUUGGAGACGACAAUGACAACAACGACGACAACGACGACAACAGUGACAGUGGCGAUGAUGAAAGGAGACUGAGUGUACAAUUUUUGACCAAUUUUUAAAGCAAAGAGCAUCUUUGCACCAUUUGCUUUUUAAGCCAACCUGCAACUAAAGCAAAGCUGAAAUGUGUCAUUAUGCAUUUAGGUCAAAUGAUCUAUUGGUGUAAAUGUGUUUAUACUUUAACUUCCUUUAUAUUAAACCACAUUUUAACUCCU